AACGAAUUGGAGAAUCCCAACUUCCCAGCUCAUCGUUUUAUAACAGUAAUGAAUACUCAUCAAAAUAUCUACAUCACCCUCAUGGCUAUAUGGUGUAAUAGCACAGCAGAGACAAAGAAGCAGAGCUAUUAUUAUUAGGUGGUGAGUUAUCAAUGGGGAGGACUCGAACUGUAACACAGGAAAAGGCAGGGGCUUUCUUCUUGGCCACUUUGCUGUUGUGGUUUGUUUCUGUUUGGUUUGAGAUUCUGUUCAACAGGAAAAGGGAGUUGGCUUAUAUUAUUGCUGGGUCUGGAUUUUACCAAUUGGCUAACUGGGUAUGUCGCCGCUUUGUGUCUCGUGACCCUUUGUUUGUUAAUACCACAGUUUCUCUUCUUCAUUCUUCAAUUACUUCUGCUUCAGUUCUAUUCAUAUUGGUUAAUCAGUGGUUACAAAAUGGUUCAAGUGGGAUGUUUGAGCACUCACAGUUGUUUGGAGGGACUUGGGCGUGGGCGCACCAAGCUUUGUGCUUCUCGUGCGGUUACUUUGCCUAUGAUCAGUGGGAUAUGCUGCAUUAUGGAUUAUAUAGUGGUCUUAUCCCUUCCAUCCUAGCACAUCAUCUGUUGCUCCUUAUUUGCUUCACUCUUGCUUUGUAUCGGAAUGUCACCAUUAAUUACCUUAUUCUCACUCUCAUUUGUGAGCUGCACUCUAUCUUUCUGCAUGUGAGGAAAAUCCGGCGAAUGGCUGGUGUUCGUGAUGCCAAGAGCACCAUUGUCAAGGCUGAGUGGGUUAUGAAUUGGAUGACUUUCUCUUUCGCAAGGGUGACAUCUCACAUUCUCAUCACCGUCAAGCUUAUUAUAGAUGCUCAUAAAUUUGGAAGGGGAGUAGAACUGCCUCUUGCGCUGUUGGGAAUGUUUGGAAUGAACACGCUGAAUACUUUUCUUGGCAUUGAUCUCUUCCAUGCUUGCAAGAGAGAGAUGAAGUAUGAGCAUAAUACACAUCAAGAAUGAUAAAAUAGGGGCCAAAAACAGAGUUUAGAGUUCGUGUUGUUUUUGAUUGAUUUUUGCACAUAAAUCGCAGUUGGAAAAGAGUUGAGAGUUUUUCGUUGAGAACUAGGAAUGUAAUUGAUGUGAGCAUGUGAAACUGUGAAAGGCACAGUUAUUUUCCCUUCCUGCCUCGGUACUACACUCUACAUAGCUUGUUUUCAUUCGUUUUAUCUGCUGUAGUCAUGUAAUAUUUUUUGACUGGGGAUAUUAUAAAACUGCGAGCAAAAUAAACAGUUCGGUUC